GCAGGUGUGACGCAGGAGCUCAGGAUCCCAGCCACAAUGGCUUUGGUGGUGACAGCGAGGGCCCGUCAACCUCGUCCAGCACAGCUGGGAGCUCUUCCGUUCCAGAGCUGCCGGGGUUUUACUAUGAUCCCGAGAAGAAACGCUACUUCCGCUUGCUGCCUGGACAUAACAACUGCAACCCCCUCACCAAGGACAGCAUCUGGCUGAAGGACAUGGAGAGCCGAAGGCUACAGCUGCUGGAGGCAGACGACAGGCAGAAGAAGAGAACAGCUCGAAGAGGAUGCAAUGCCUCUUCAUUGCUGCAAAGAAGGAAACUGGGUUUUCUCAGCUUCAACAGCUAUUGCCGUUUAGCCCACGAACUGCGGGUGAACUGCAUGCAGAGGAAGAAGGUCGUCAUUCAGAGCUCAGAUCCCUCUGCUCUGGCAAGCGACCGAUUUAACCUCAUACUGGCGAACAGCAGCAACGACCAGCUCUUCACAGUGAACGACGUCCGGGUGGGAGGCUCCAAGUACGGCAUCAUCAACCUGCAGGGCCUGCAGGGCCCGCGGCCCCGUGUGCAUGUGCACGAGAACCUCUACUUCACCAACCGGAAGGUGAACUCUGUGUGCUGGGCUUCGCUGAAUCACCUGGAUUCCCACGUCCUGCUCUGCCUCCUGGGAAUUGCUGAGACACCUGGCUGUGCCACCCUGCUCCCAGCUUCACUGUUCGUCAGCAGUCACUCAGCAGGAGGAGACCAGCCUGGCAUGCUCUGCAGCUUCCGGAUCCCCGGGGCCUGGUCCUGUGCGUGGUCCCUCAACGCGCAGGCUAGUAACUGCUUCAGCACAGGCUUAUCUCGGCGGAUCCUGGUGACCGAUGUGGUGACGGGGCACCGGCAGUCGUUUGGGACCAGCAGUGAUGCCCUGACCCAGCAGUUUGCGGUCCAGGCUCCUUUGCUGUUCAAUGGCUGCCGUUCCGGGGAGAUCUUUGCCAUCGAUCUUCGUGCUCGAAACCAGGGCAAAGGCUGGAAGGCCACCCGCCUCUUCCACGACUUGGCUGUGACUUCCCUGUACAUCUUCCAGGACGAGCAGUACCUGAUGGCGUCCGACAUGGCCGGAAAGAUCAAGCUCUGGGACCUGAGGACCAACAAGUGUCUGCGGCAGUACGAGGGGCACGUGAACGAGUACGCCUGCCUGCCCCUGCAUGUGCAUGAGGAGGAGGAGCUUGUGGUGGCAGUGGGCCAGGACUGCUACACAAGGUUCUGGAGCCUGCACGACGGCCAGCUGCUGAGAACCAUCCCCUCCCCGCACCCCACCUCCAAGACCGACAUUCCCAGCGUGGCCUUCUUGUCUCGCCUCAGGGGUUCCCGAGGGGUGCCCGGGCUGCUCAUGGCUGUCCAGCAGGACCUUUAUUAUUUCUCCUACAGUUGA